CGCAAACAAAACAACGCAAAAGCAAAUAAAACAAAACAAAAUAUAAUAAUUUUCCUGUCAUUUGAAUUCCCAGCACUUUUUAUUUCAUUUUCCUUUUGUCUCGGAAGUUGAAACUUGAAAGUACCCCAUGAGUCGGUCUUCGUCAGGAAAGCGAUUCGACGUGUUCGAGUUCGCCGAAGAGGACGAGCAAGUCGAGAAAGCCUCUCAAAGGUUCUUAGGCAUGUUUGGAAACCCUAAGAAACCCAAACCCAAGCCUCCUUCUCCUCUCUCCAAGUACACUUUCCUUCAGUGCUUUGCACAAGAUACGGAGACUCCACCUAAGGAAAUCAACAAUGCACCAAUUGACAUUGAUGCUGAAGUUUCACGAGAUACCAAGACUCCACUGAAGGAAAUCAGAAAUGCACCAAUUGACAUUGAUGCAGAAGAAACCAAGAGUCUGCAAAAGGAAUUUGAUGUAGCGUCACAAAGAUUUAAGACUCUGCGAAAGAAAGUUGGCACUGAAUUGUUAGACAUUGAUGCUAGUGAUACGGAUCAUCAAUGUCCUAUGGAAUUGUCAAUUGAAGAUGGCACUGUAAGAGUGGAGACCCCUGGGUUGGAUACCCUUCUGCUGUCUAGUUCUUCAAAUUCUGAAAACAAGGAAGUUGGUAUGGCUUCAGAUUAUGAAGACAACAUUGGAACUUGUUCAUCAACUUCAGCCUCAAGUCCUGCAAUUGAUUUUAGCUCUAAACUCCGUACAGUUUCACUAGAAGAACAAGUGUCAGAGUAUGGUUCUGGUGGAUAUGAAAUUGACAUUGUAAAUAUGACUGUUCAUGUGUUCCCGGAUUUUCUUAUUUAUGGGGAUAUAUAUUGCACGAAAUGUCGGCUCACAUUUUCAAACAGCAGCAUCAAACUUGAGGGUUCAACUGUAAAUGGGCUCAAGGAAAUCUUUAGCUUUGAAUGGGCUGUUGGUGCUAUCACUAAAAUUGAGUCAGAAUGGUUUGGAAGGGUUGAAACUGCUGUGGUUAACCUUCAUCUUAAAUCAAGGGGUUCUAAAGGAGCUGGAAAUGCAAAAGAAACUUCAGGAGUUGAGCUCUUGACAUUUGCAACUAAUGACCCUCAUUGGUCCAUUGGAGAGGAAGCAAUCAAAUCAUUGGAUGUGAGAUACAAGAAUAUGUGGAAUGUUAUUUUUGAUACUGAUUCAGAAAGUAAAGAACGUACUUUUUUGGGGCAGAAUAACUUGUUCAUUUCAAAGAAUUAUCUUUCUCAUUUUGAUGAGCCCUUCAAAGAUGUUUUCUAUCCAGAAGGGGAUCCUGAUGCUGUUUGUAUCAGUAAGAGAGACAUUGAGCUUCUCCAGCCAGAGAGGUUUAUUAAUGAUACUAUCAUUGACUUUUAUAUUAAACAUUUGAAGAAUAAAAUUCAACCUUGGGAAGAGCAUAGGUACCACUUUUUCAAUAGCUUUUUCUUUCGGAAGCUUGCUGAUCUUGACAAAGAUCCUUCAAGUGCUUGUGAAGGCAGGGCAGCAUUUCAACGUGUCCGUAAAUGGACAAGGAAAGUGAAUCUUUUUACAAAGGAUUACAUCUUUAUUCCUGUAAACUACAGUCUUCACUGGAGUUUGAUUGUCAUCUGUUACCCUGGUGAAGUGGAUAAUUUCAAAGAUGAAGACAUUGAAAACUUGCCCAAGGUACCUUGCAUCUUGCACAUGGAUUCUAUUAGAGGAAGUCACAGAGGCCUCAAAAAUCUUUUUCAAAGCUACUUAUGCGAAGAGUGGAAAGAGAGGCAUGGUCAGACAGCAGCAGAGGUUUCUUCAAAAUUCUUACAUUUGCAAUUUGUUUCACUUGAGCUACCGCAGCAGGAAAAUUCAUUUGAUUGUGGUCUUUUUCUACUCCAUUAUGUGGAACUCUUUUUGGAGGAAGCACCUAUUAACUUCAACCCUUUUAGGAUAACAAUGUCCACCAAAUUUUGUAUAUUUUUCCAGCUUAAUGUCAAGUGGUUUCCACCAGAAGAGGCUUCUUUAAAACGUGCUUGUAUCAGGAAGUUAAUUUAUGAAAUCCUUGAAGAUCAUUCAAAGAAAGCUCCGCUAGCUGAUUGUAAUGACAAAAAUCCUUGUCACUCCCAAGAAACCAACACAAACCUUCUCGAAAUUGGAGUAGAAUUUCUUGAGGGGACAUGCAUUUCAGCAAAUUCAUGUCAUGGAGAAUUCUUUGGUUCUGAUGAUAAGCAGAGGUUUGAAAUAUCUAAUGCUGUUUCCCCUCCAAGAGUAAAGAACUUUAAAGAAUUAGGAUUUUUUUUGAGGGAGGUUUUUGAGCCUGGAACUACUGGCAGGUCAUUUUCUGAUGGAAAUUAUCAGAAGACUGCAGAUCAUCAUGGGAGGAGCAUCAUGUCACCAAUAGAGGAAGGUGAAGAAAUCUGUGAGCAAAUUGCUGAGUCACUGUUAGAUGUGGAAGAUUGUCAGCGACAGGCUGUAUUUGCUUCUGAAUUACCUUCAACAUCAUGUUUUGGCAAAGAUUUUAAAGAGUUGGAGACUUCUUGGAAGCAGGGAUUCUCUAAGCAUCUUGGAAAACCUGAUGAAGGGAACUCACUUUCUGGAAUGCUCAUCGGUGGAUCCCAGUAUUUGCUUCCAGAAACUGAGGGAGUGAACCAUCUGGAGAAAACAGAUAAACCUCAAUCUUCUUCAAUCUCAAGUGAGGAACUCAUGGCUUGUGUUGUUGAGGAUUCUCUAGAGGCAAAUGACAUGUACGAUCAAGAUGAAAGUAAAAAUUCUCCCUCCAUUCAACGGAAUAUUAUUUCCUUGUCUGAUCAAGAGGUUGACUCAGUUGAAAUCAUUAAUGUUAAAGAGAAUAUUUCACCAUCAAGCGAUGAAGAUCCGGAGUGGCAAUUAGAUGAAGAGCAAGUUGAAAAAAGACUGAAGCGUGUGCGACAAUGUAAAAGACAGUUUGCAAGAAGUCUGUCAAAACAACUGCAUUAUUGAUGGCCUUCAGUAUGGUCUUACUGUUAUUAGCUGAGAGUUUGUAGGAUUAAGUAUAUAAAAUAGGAAAAUAGAGCCCUCCUCCACCUUAAUUCACUCAAUAGGAUAAAAUGAAGGGGUUUGUUUGUCAUCCCAACACUUUGAUUGAUAUCAAAGCUCUCAUGUAAUAUAUUAAUAGCAAGUUUUUACAGCAGAUAAAAAAAAAA